UCCGGUUUGUUUACAAUUUGGAAUCGAAAUCGAUUGAAAUCCUCCCCUGCUUAUUUAAUAGUUAAAUCUUGUUAAAUUUAGUUAUUUAAAAUGUCCAAGAUACCUAAAUCAGCAUUAAAUUUCAAACAGUUCAUGCUCCGCAACGAGGUCCUCAAGCUGUACCGAACGAUAUUCCGAACAAUCCGCCUCGUUCCAGAUGCCUCCAAUCGACAGGAACUGCGGGAAUGGGCCCGUUCCGAUUUCCGAGCCAACAAACAUCACACCGAAGAACUGACCAUCAAAAUGUUAAUGCAACAGGCGGGCCGAUCCCUGAAGGAACUGCAAACCAGUUUGGAACUUAGUGGCGUUUCGACGGACUCGGCAACGAGGGCUAGUGGGUCCAGUUGUUCCUCCGGCAAGAAGUCGUGAGGCUUUCGAAGCGUUUUCUGUCGUUUCAAAGUUUGUCGCGAGGUUUAAGAGAUUGUAGUUUAUUCUUAAACAUGUAUAGUUCAGGUUAAGUUUUUAUCGCUCGAUCUUGCAUCGAAUAAAUUUUUUAAAAAAGAAAUAUAAUUUCUUUUGGUUGUGCUUCAA